AGAGGCUGACACUUAAAUCAUGUCUGGACGUGGCAAGCAGGGCGGCAAGGCUCGCGCCAAGGCUAAGACUCGCUCUUCCCGCGCUGGGCUCCAGUUCCCCGUGGGUCGUGUCCACCGUCUGCUUCGCAAGGGGAACUACGCCGAGCGGGUUGGAGCCGGCGCGCCGGUGUACCUGGCGGCGGUGCUGGAGUACCUGACGGCCGAGAUCCUGGAGCUGGCUGGUAACGCGGCCCGCGACAACAAGAAGACGCGCAUCAUCCCGCGCCACCUGCAGCUGGCCAUCCGCAAUGAUGAGGAGCUCAACAAGCUGCUGGGCAAAGUGACCAUCGCGCAAGGUGGAGUCCUGCCCAACAUCCAGGCUGUUCUUUUGCCCAAGAAGACUGAGAGCCACCAUAAGGCCAAGGGCAAGUAGAAGUCGCCAUUGAUUUUCGGUAACUGAAAUCUCCCAUGCAAACCAAAGGCUCUUUUCAGAGCCGCUUAUGAUUUCCUGAGAAGAGCUGAAUACUUAAGUGUAAAAAGUUUUUGAAAAGGCCACUUGCAGUAACCGGUUAUAAUCCGUUAGAUUAGGAUCAGAUAGCUUGGUUUAGGCAGAUAAUUCACCUGGUCGACUCUUCUACCUAGAUGCUACCUGCAUCCAUGUAUUUUAAUUGAUACAUGAAGUGAUCCAGUCGCCAGUUUCUUUGCAUCAGCAUUGGGUAAUUUAUGAGGUUAUAAAGAGACAGCUUUACUAAAAUUAACUCUUGGCUAUUGGCUUAAACAAAAGACACCUGAGCUUCUAAAAAGUGAAGUUCUGGUGGUGAAUCUACUUGGUUUAGGGGCAAACGUAGCAGAGUCUAGUUUUAAGACGCCUUUGUUUUCUGAGUUUUAGUCAUCAAAGCGUAAAAUGAGCAGGUCCUGAAGGAUGUAGGGAUCAACCCAAACAUCUAUCAUAACCUAAAGACUUUGGAGCAACUCAUAAUUUCUAAUCCCAUAUCAACGUAAACCUAU